AUGGAUUUCAUAACGUAUUGUCGUUUCCUUUUUCUCUCUCUCCUCCUCUUCGGCGACGCUUCCGUCGCGCGCACCCGAACGCGAAGGGCCGCCUACGACCUACCGGCCGGCGCUCUCGAGGCGACCGGACUCUCGCAAGUGAAGCGCGUCUUCAAGUGCUCGGAAAACGGAUACUUCGCGGACGUCGCCAACGAUUGCAAACUCUUCCACAUCUGCGCGACGCCCGUCGGGAGCGAGAAGAAGGAGAUGACGCAGUCGACAAUGGCGUGCGGCGCGAGUCAGCGCUUCGAUCAGUCGAAGUUGAAGUGCGUGGCGGACGCGGACGCCAUCGCGUGCAAAGCGUCGCCCGAUUUCUUUUACUUAAAUGAACGAAUCGACGGCCAAAGUCCGGCAUUUCUCGGGCCCUCAGAUGUGGACAGAGCGAAGAACGCGCGGCCCGACUACAGAGCGCGCUAACUAUCACAAUAAACGCCA